AUCUCUUCCAUUUAUCCUUUCUCUCUUGUUUUUCUCUCUUCUCCACCUCUGUUUCUCUCUCCCUCUCUUUAUUACUAUCCCUCCGAAUCGAAGCAAAAGUUUACACACGGAGAAAAGUUGUUCCAACGGUUACCCAUUUUUCCUUCUCUCUCUAACAUAUCUUAAGAAAGGCGAUCAAUGCCUGCUCAGAAGAGGUCUCUGCCUGAUAAUCCCGACAACGAUGAGGAAGAUGCUCCCUCUUCUCCUCUUCAAAACGGCCAUCAAUAUCCCAAGCAAUCUCGCCUUGACCCACCUCCUCUUGGUGACCCCAAACUCUUCCAACAACAAGAACUAAAGCAAGAAGAAGAAGAAGACCAAGACGAGGCACCCCACAAACCAGAUGAAGAAGAAGGAGACGCAGAUGAGGAACAAGAAGAGCAAGUCGAAGAGAAACAACCAGUACAAGAUUAUGAGGAAAGCCAAUCUUCCAGCUCCGAAGAUGAAAAACCCGAAUUUGUCUUUGUGGAGCUGCUAGAAAUUCGUAAAGAUGUACAAUGCCCUAUAUGUCUAGGUAUCAUAAAGAAAACACGAACUGUGAUGGAAUGUCUGCACCGUUUUUGCAGGGAAUGCAUUGACAAAUCAAUGCGACUUGGGAAUAAUGAGUGCCCUGCUUGCCGCACACACUGUGCAAGUCGUCGUUCUUUGAGAGAUGAUCCAAAUUAUGAUGCCUUAAUUUCUGCUUUAUAUCCAGACAUUGAUAUGUAUGAGGAGGAGGAAUUGGCUUUUCAUGAGGAGGAAAGGACACGGAACAAGCAGAUCCAAGCUUCAAUUGCCCAAAUAUUUCAACGACAAUCUGAAGCACUAGUUAGGAGACGCACGAUGGGUAAAGAAACAGCUAGUCCAUUCAUGAAAAGAUCACAGCGCAAUCAUCGGAUAAUUCCUUCAAGGAGGCAGCGAAACAGCCAAGGCACUGAAUUUCAAGGAUCUGAAGACAUUGAGGAAGAAAAUGAUGAUAAUGGAGGCAAGGAUUCAUCUUCUACCGAUGAACGCUCCACAGAAGUAAGGCAGCACAUGCGCAAGAGACGGCCAGGAAUUAGGCCUUCUCAGCCUUCUUCAUCAGCUUCAAAUCCCGAAGGUGGAUCCAUUGAAAAUGAUUUAGAGGCCACUAGAAAGAACAGAGGAAUAUGUCCUGGGCUUGUUUGGAAUACAGAAAUGCUUGCCUGGGGUAGGGGUGGUGCUCGAAGUCAUACACGGCAUGGUAAUGCUAGUGGUUGCAACAACAAGAACUCCCGAAGCACUCGGUUGUCCAAGCUGGUGGAAUAUCUCAGGAACUUAGAGGAAAAAAAUGAUGAGUUGGAUGUUCACCUCACGCUUAUUUCUGUGGACAAAGAAAGUUUUAUGAGUUUGAAACAGCCCUACCUUUGUUGUCGCCCCAGUUUGUCUGUCAAACACCUAUGCGAAUAUGUUGCUCACAAAAAGGCUUUGGAAACUGAAGAAGUUGAAGUAUUUUUAGUUAAAGGGCAGCACAAGUCUAAUGACAACCUAUCAUCCCUGCAUCUGCCAAUUUCAGUGGAUGAGCUGCAAAUUUUGAAAGGGCAGGAAACUUUGGCGCAUCUUAAAGCCAAUUGCGUCAGUAGAGAUCAUUUGAUUCUAGCAUAUAGGCACAAGGAGAAUUACUUAGCAAAGGUCCAUUAACAAUUUGCAACUGUACGUGUAAAUAUGAGCUUUCAGAAUGAAAGUUGAGCUCCUUGACAAUUUUCAAGACCUGGAUUUUUGUAUAUUGUUUACACGAAAAAAAAAAAAAAAACAGGUUUCCACAGGGUCAUUCCAGUUAAAAUUUUCCAAAUUCUUGUAUCUUUAGGGCAAGUUAGUUUGGUAAUUUCAGGUUCCAUUUAGGAAUCUUCACAAGUUGCUUUACCCAGUAAAGUUGCUUUCCGUUAACAAUACGUGUAAAUUUGAGCUUUCAGAAUGAAAAUUGAGCUCCUUGACAAUUUCCAAGACCUA